ACUGAAACAAAUUGCUGCGUGUACGACGUACCCAGCACUGCCUACCUGUUUCGUCGACUUGGUUUCCAUUAUUUUAACUUGGUAGCAGUUUGCGCUUGUCUUGUGCUUGAGAAUGUUCCUGUGAUACAAUGUAUCCAAUGUUUUUGUAUGACUGACAUAGAACUGGUAACCUUGGAAGCCAUAUGCUAGUCGUCGUAUGUCUCAUUUCUUACUCGUGGCCAAAUUCCUGCAAUGACUAGUGAUGUGAUUACCUUGUUGACAAACUAAUGAUGUCAUCAGCAUGGCAGAUAUGACCCUCAAGAAAUGAUCAAUGAAUGACAUCACUAACACCAACAAAACAUUAUGGUAUGAAAGACUGAGAAAUUAAUGGGAUGCCCUUGUUAUUAAUGCCUUCAAACAAAUUAUUAAAAACUUGUAAAAUUAUGCCACAGCAGGGAAAUAGGUUUUUGUCCUGGAACAUAAAUGUGAUAAUGGAAUAGUGCAUGUAUUAAAAAAAACUAUUACCUUCUGAUGCAACCUAGACCUUGGGUUAUGCUACAGAUCAGUGUGUUAACAAAAACCCAGCUUCGUGCCACCUCCUAUUAUACAUGUUACAAGCCACUCCCCAUAUUAGUGGACUGCUAUUCCCUCUUCUAUUUGGGUUUACUGAUUAACACAAGUCAAGCCACCACCAACUAGAACUUAAUGACAUAUUGUUAACUAAACACACUGCCAUCUACAACUAAAAUAUGCAAGCGAAAUUUUUUUACAUGUCUUCUACAUAAUGUAUGCCUGUGGAAUGCAUUGUUAUAAUUAUGCUCCUUGUAAGUAGACAUAAAGUUGAUAGCAGAUAGGCCAUGUCUCAGAAAUUAUUUGUAUCUCAUACAUCAUUUUGUGUAGGCCUAUAUCUUCAUGCCACAAGCCACUUAAUAGUAUGUAAUUGAGGCUAUUUUGAGUACCACCAUCAUUUUUUCCUUUUCUUUUCCAUUUGCGAAUGGUGUGUGGCAAGAAUGUCUCAUUAAACCUCUGUAUCAGUGCAAAUGUGAUUGAUUUUUCUCAUGAUUUGUUUGCAAGAGGUAUAUAGGAAGAAGUAAUAUGCUGUCUGACUUGAUGGAUCAAACACACUCAAAUUUUUAACCAUAAUGUCUUCGAUGAUGCCAGUUUUAUAACAUGUGCCACUGGACAUUGAUUAGUGUCUCUUUGUGUUUCACAUGCUAAACAAAUACAUGAUUAAAAUUAAAUUUGUUGCCAUAAAUUCUGGAUCUCUUGCUUAGGAGCAGUUCUUGUAUCAUAUUGUAAUUCACAUUACUUUGUACUUAAUGCAUUUAUCUAGUGUUACGUUCGUAGGAAAGGUCAUUAAUUUAUAAUAUGGAGAAAAGUAUAUCUUUGAAGACAUACCUGACUAAAUGACCAAAUUAAGUUAUUGGUUAAAUUUUUCUCAAAUAACUUUCAUUGCAUCACUAGUGCUCAAAGUUUGCCAGUCACUUACUAAAUGCUGCUGUAUAUCUAAUCUACAGAUAAACAUAUUUUUAAUGUACUGUUCUAUAUUGCCUCAAGUCAUUCUACUUGUGGGUGACCAUUUUAUGGAAAUAAUCUGCUGUGGCCCAGUUUGUUAUCAAAGUUGUGGGUACAAACCACGUAUCAAAGUCCAGUAUGUGCCAUAAUAAGAAUCAUACUUGAAUUUGCUGCAAGAGUGGGAUAACCCCGUUUUACCUAUGUACUUUAUUUUAGUUUAUCUUUUUUGGGAGAGAGGUAAAGUUGAUGAACAUAUUUCAUAUAGCUUGAACAGUUCUGAAAGAUAUAUUCUCAAAGCAUUCCCUUAAAGUGGUAAUGCGUUGCUACAAUUUGAAAGUGAAGACCAAUUAAUAUUAUUUAUAUUAAUAUAAAUGUAAAACAGUUAUUCCUGUCUUACAUCAGUAUUUUAAAAAUGUGGUUAAAUACACUGCCCUGAAAAACCUAGGGGUGAGAUAGUUAAAGUAACAUAACAUAUUGCAGGUGGAAAUGAAUGAAAGUGAGGGAACAUGUUGCCAGAGGUCUCCCAGUUGUGCACCGAAAGUUGUAAGUCAUGUGGGUUUGUCAGCGUGACUAUAGUGCAAAUGCUACACAAGACAGUUGAAGGAAUGGGAAAAGACAGCAUGUUUCAAUCACCGAGCAGUUAUGGUGCACUUUGGUGUAGUGGCAUUGUUUGCGAUGGUGCCGAGAGCAGAGAGACUGGAUCAGCUGGGAGUGGAGUAAUGUGCUCUUUGAAGAUGAGAGCACAUUCAGUCUGUGUAGUGAUUCUAGACAUACCCUCUUAUGGUGAGAGGUAGGAACAUAUAAUGCAUCCAGGAACGUCAUUGAACACAAUCGUUUCGGUGGGCCAGGUGUUGUGUUGUGAGUAGGCAUAAUGUUGCAUAGGCAUACUAACCUCCAAGUCUUUGUACACAGUGCACUCAGUGGUCAAAAUUAUGGUGACACUACUUAUUCUCUAAGUGCAUGGUGCAUUUGGCCUGACUUCUUUUUUGUGGGUCACAAUGCACACCUGCAUCAAGCUGCACAGGGGGAGGACCUCCUGGGACAAGAGAUUACUCAGCAGAUGAACUGGCCGGCCCGUUCCCCUGGACUUGUGUGUCAUUGAGCAUGUGUGAGAUGCAUUGGGGAGACGUAUUGUGGUACAUUCAUAUGCACCACUGCCCAUGUAGCAGUUGUAAACUAUGGUGGUGGAUUGGAAUGCCCCAUUACCAAGAUUGUUGCCAGCAUGAAAGCGCAUUUCAGAGCAUGCACUGACAUCUGUGGCAAUCACUCUCCCUAUUAAGGACCAUGUCCCACCUUUUUUAAUGCCCAGGGGACCAUCAUAAACUGCAGUGUAAUUAUUGUCUUUGAAUUAGUCAUUUCUGUUGUCUCAUUGUGCAUUUCUUUCAGUACUGUGCUGUAAUUGUUCUUUCAAUCUGUGGUCAAAGCUUCAUCUAGCUAUGUUACUUAACAGUGACAUGCCAUACGGAAAUUGCUUUCGUCGUUAAGUUUUGUACACCAGUAUAUUUGAAAAGCUCUUUUUUAUUCAAUAAUGUGGAAUAUGAUGAAGUCAAUAUUGAAUAAAGACCUAUGCUCUUUGAACAGAAGUAUAGAAACAAAGUGAAGGAAAAAUAAUCAUCAUAGUAAGUAGAAUAUUCUGUAUUUUAGCAAUGUCUUCAUCUUCGGUAACUUGAGUCGGUACAGUCUCCACUUGCCACACCUGAGGUGCACUUCAGUGCCAUGGUAUGUAGGGCAUAUUGCUCCGCUAAUGCGAUUGUGUCUUAGUUUCGUGGGUUUUAAUGGCAGAUUUCCUUGAUGUGGCCGAACGGUUCUAGGCGCUACAGUCUGGAACCGCGCGGCCGUUAUGGUCGCGGGUUCAAAUCCUGCCUCGGUCAUGGAUGUGUAUGAUGUCCUUAGGUUAGUUAGGUUUAAGUAGUUCUAAGUUCUAGGGGACUGAUGACCUCAGAAGUUAAGUCCCAUAGUGCUCAGGGCCAUUUUGAACCUUGAUAUGGACAUGGGGCUGCCCAGCAGCCUGAACUUGCUCAAGAUAGGUGUGCUUGGGGUAUACUAUAUUCUACCACAUCACUGUUAUGAAUGAAUUGCUUGACAAGUAGACACUAGAAAUCUGUCUUUGGUAUCGAUUUUAAAGGCUUUUAUGAAGUAAGUGUUUAGCUGACACACAAUCUCGUAUCAUAACAGUGUUCAGUGAUUAAGCGGAACUUCGAUGGUGGUGUGUUUUUUCCUAUUGUGGCAGAAAAAAGCCAUUUGUUCUCAGUGAGUUCCUUCUCCAUUACAUCAAAACACCUGUUGCAGAGCAAAAGCUUUGACCUGGUUUAGGAAACCAGUGGGUAAUGGUUUCCAAUCUGUCAACAUUAAUACAUGUAAGUAGGAACUGAUCUAGUGCCAUAUUCUUAUUUUGGGCACAAUAGUUGUAUGAGAAUAUGUAUAGAUGUUUCGUAUCUCCAAUCAGUAUAUUCUUAACGUAGUGCUUCAGAGAGCCAAUUAUGUAAUUUGCACUUUUCUUUCCCAUCACUUCACUACACACGUAUAACUGUACUGUUUUCUUCUUGGCUCAGUAGCCACAGAAGCUAAUCACCAAACUUGGCAACUAUAAAAUUCUUUGGUAAAUGGCACUUUGGAUAGUGGCAUGCUACGCCGUUAGUCAAGUUAUUUAGUUGGCUUCGUGCUCCAUGCAUCAAAUUUGCGAUAAACAUUAUGAUGUGGAACAUGUCAACAGGACAAGCAUAAAAUACUUGUAUACAGCUUAACGUUUGGGAACAAAAAAAAAAAAAAAACUUUUGCAGUCUGUCAGACAUUUCACUUCCAUGGGUAGAGUAUUAUAGCUGCACUUUCCACCCCUUUCUGUGCCAAAGUUUAGAUUCAUUGUAGGCUAAUUCAGAUCAUUUUUCGUUCUAGUGUUGUACUUCUGAUGUCUGCCACUCUUAAAAGUUAGAUGGACAGUUGAUAACAAAUUUUGUAAAUGGAUAAAUGUAUUGUGAGUCUGUGGAAGAUAUCAUCAGUUACUUGAAGAGAAACCUGCAAGAUGUGCAUGUAUGAACUCUACAAACAAUUCUAAUUACCCCUACUGUGCAAUGAAUACAUUGAAUACAUUUUGCUUAAGUUUGUUUGAAAUAGUUGCUAACCAUGGAAGUGUGGUUGUUCUUCAUUGAGCAUUGAGGAGGGUUUUCUGUGCCAUGAGCAAAAGUUACCAGGCUGUAACAGGAGAUAACAACCCUAUUUGCGACAGCAAGGAGAGUGUAGAUACCAAGCUACCUCCAGAUAAGGAUGAUAAGACUCCCUCGUUAUUGACAAAAAAAUCUGAUACUGCAGACGUGGAAGCAACUGCGUCAUCAAGUGAAUGCACAACAUGUGGACUGGAAGAAAAACCACCUGUUGCAAGUGAUGAAUCUAGUCAAGAAACCAAAUAUAGUGAUCGUACUGUGAUUCCUGAUACUUGGGAUAUUGCUGUUGUGGAGCCAACUAUUCUCUCCCUUUCAGUUUCAUCAGAAAGUACAGAUGGCUUACAGAUUCUCAGUGUUUGUGAAGACCCAGCUGGCACAGAUGGCGAUAAGGCCUCAAAAAUUGACAGGACCUCAACUGGUUCAACUGGUGAAUCAAGUGAGAACAAGUCUGAAAAAAUUGAACCCUCACAUCCAAAAGUUAAAUGGUCAGUUCCUGUUAGCAUGUUACACUUUGACUCAAGUAGUUAUUCAGAGGUAACAUCAGAUAAUCCAUCUUCAGAAGAUGAAACAAAAUGCAUUCCAGCUGUUGGAGCACCAAGAAAGAAUUCCCUGGAAGAUGCAACUAAAACUACUACAGAACCAAAGAUUUUAAGUGCACAUAGUACUUUGACAGAACCAGAACCUCAUUUUGCACAUAUAGGCCAAUUUAAAAUAAGAAAAUUCACACAGGUCAAAACAGAUCCAUAUCCCACAUCACCACAGUCGUCAAGGACUACAACUGCAUCAGAAUCGUUUGAGAUAUGUCCCAAAGAGGAGGAAAGAUCAGAUUUUCAUGAUGAUGAAGAAGAAGAAAGUGACACAUUGCAUUCUGACAUAGAGAAAGGUGCACUGGUACAAACAGCUAAUCGUCGUGUUCGCAGUGGUGAUGAAGAUGACGAAGAAAAGGCAAUUGGAGCAUCACCUGAUGGAAGAUUCCUGAAGUUUGAGGAAGAAGUUGGACGAGGAAGCUUUAAGACAGUCUACAAAGGCCUUGAUACACAGACUGGUGUUGCUGUCGCAUGGUGUGAAUUGCAGGAAAAGAAAUUGAAUAAAAGUGAGAGACUACGUUUUCGUGAAGAAGCUGAGAUGCUGAAAGGACUACAGCACCCAAACAUUGUAAGAUUUUAUGAUUACUGGGAGGUCUCACUUACAAAGAGGAAAUACAUUGUAUUAGUUACAGAGCUGAUGACAUCAGGAACCCUAAAAACUUAUCUACGUCGAUUUAAGAAAAUCAAUCCUAAAGUUUUGAAAUCAUGGUGUCGCCAAAUACUUAAAGGACUCAUGUUUUUGCACUCCCGCUCAACACCAAUAAUACACCGGGAUCUGAAGUGUGACAACAUAUUUAUAACUGGCACUACUGGAAGUGUAAAAAUUGGUGACUUAGGUUUAGCUACACUGAAGAACAGGUCCUUUGCGAAGUCCGUUAUUGGAACACCAGAAUUCAUGGCUCCAGAAAUGUAUGAGGAACAUUACGAUGAAAGUGUUGAUGUGUAUGCAUUUGGAAUGUGUAUGCUGGAAAUGGCCACAUCAGAAUACCCUUAUUCUGAAUGCAAUGGACCUGCUCAGAUUUAUAAGAAAGUGAUUAGUGGCGUGAAGCCAGCCAGUUUUGACAAAGUCGAGAAUCCUGAAAUAAAAGACAUCAUAGAACAGUGUAUUAGGCUUAAAAAGGAAGAGAGACCAGGGGUCAAAGAUCUGAUGAACCAUGAGUUUUUUGCUGAUGAUUUGGGUCUUCGCCUGGAAAUGGUGUCUAAUGAGGAUGUAAUUGCCUCAGAAAAUCCUAAAGUGGAAUUUAGACUGAGAGUACUUGAUCCAAAGAAACGAAGUCAUAAACAUAAGGAAAACGAAGCUAUUCAGUUUGAGUUUGAUAUGCAGAACGAUAAUGCUGAUGGAGUUGCAAGUGAAAUGGUUAAGUCUGGGCUAAUAAUGGAAGAUGAUCUUCGAAGAGUGGCAACAAUGUUGAAGAAUAAAAUAUCAGAAUUAUCAAAAAAACGAGAACGCAAAUUGCACUCGAAGGAAGAAGAUCAAGCUACAUUAAAACAAGAAAUUUCUCCUGAGUCUGUUAUGACUCCUUCAUUACACUCUGUUGAACAAAGCCAUCUUACACAACUGCAGGCAAAUCAAACCUACAUUCCGACUGACACUUCUGAUGAAUCAUAUAGUAGUCAAGGAACAAUUUUCCAGCAUGGCUAUGGACCUGUAUCUGACCACUCAGCAUUGGCCCAACAUCCUUUACCAUCUGUUCAGAUGCAGAUACCUGUUAGUGAGAAUCAAGGUGCUCUACAUAAUGUGCCUGACACACAGCAUCCAUCUCAAAUUGAUAAUGUUCAGCAAACCAAUAUUGUGCCAACUGCUCAGAGUACUGAGAUGCAGACUGAUAUCAGCAUCUUUCACAUGCAGUCACAACCUCAGUAUGCAGUAGAGACAUAUUUGUCUCAACCAAGUCAGUCCACUGCUCAGAUGCAUCAACAGCCAUCUUACAUUCCCCAUGUACCGCUUAGUCAAGAAGAGGAAAAUAUUUUACAUAUUGAACGACAGUUGAAACUAAAACUCAUCCAACAACAGGUUCUGCAGCAAGAGAAAUGCCACCAAGAUCUUACCAAGUGCCAACAAAGCAUUCAACAACUUCAGCAGGCAUUGCAGCAAGCAAAAGAAUCUUAUCAUGGAAACAAAAUAGCACUGGAGUCAAUACAGAAACAUCAGACGCUCACACAACAACUUUCUCAUGAACUAGAUGAGAUUUCUAGUGGUAGUUCAAACCAAGUGAAUACUCAGCAACAAACUACUACACAUGACAGAAUGUUCCCUCAGGAAGACUCAGAAGUUCUUGCAUAUCAGCAAAGACAAACAUGGCAACAUGGUGAGGCUGUUGUCGCAGAUCAGCCAAUUCAGUCACAGGAAGUAACUGAGAAACAUUUUGAAUCUAGAAAAUACGACACUCCUGCAUCCGUCUUAGAGCCAGGUUUACCACAGAAAUUGGUGGAAGACAGAAUAUGUUACCAGUCAGUUGAUAAUUCACAAGGUGCUACACCAGAAGACCAUAGCUCUGACACUUGUAAUAUUAACAAAGUGAUUUCAUCUAUAGAAGGAUCACAGUACAUCCAGGAACAGAUAACUCCACAGUCUCUCUCUCCACAGAAAUCAUAUGGAAAGGAAAACAUUUCAUCAGAAGAAACUGUCAUUGAAUCACAUAAUGUAAUUCAAACUGUCAAGGAGGGAUGGUUGCCAGAGCAAAUGUCUAGUGUGAUUUGUCCUACGCCUGAAAAUCAAUCUGUUGAACUAGAGAGUCACAAAAUUCCAUGGCAGGAUCAUGUACCUAGUCAGAUUCAGUUACAAGAUAAUAGUCAACUAACAAUUCAAGAACAGCCAAGUGGACUGCCAUCGACAGGUAACAAGGAAAUUUCACCAGCUGAUCAACAGUACAGUGCCAUUGGCCCAGAUAAUAAGUUUAUGCCAAAUGCACCUGUACAGCAACAAUUCUCGAUAAUGACACAGGCUCAACAAGAAACUCGGAAUCAACAGGUUUUAGUUGACCAUGAAGGACAGAAGGAUGAACUGACAGGUCAUAUAAUGGAAAAAGUCAAGUUUGAGCAACCAAGCCCCCAAGAGUUUGGAGACAGUCAGCAAAAACAGGUUUCAGGGUGUGAGUCCCAAGAGAUGACACCUGAAAACAGAGAGAGAUUACCACAGGAAAGUGAGUUUGUUUCUCGUGUGGAUGGAAAGUAUUCCACAGGUGAAAUGAUAACUCAGAGUGAUAUAAACCUGCAACAGAUGCCUGUGCAACCCGAGAGUAUGUUUGUGACUUCUGUAGGAGGAGAAACUCACCAGGCUGUUCCUACUUUGCCUCAACAAGAAUAUAAGGAGCCUGUUGUAAUUGCUCAGAUGCCAUUAUUAGAAGAGCAGUUAUCAGAACAACUAAAAUUGUGUCAAGAUACAGCACCCAAGGUAGUUGAAAGAGAACAUGUGCCCAUGCAUCAGCCACCUAAGAAAGAAGAAUAUUCUCAGAGUGAGUACAAACCAGGUUUAGAAAGACAAGAUGGGGGAGUGACAGGCAGUCAUGAUGUGAUCCAGGGUGUUGUAUAUGGAUCUGAAGUGAAAGAAAAUGUUUUGCACUUUACAGAUAACCUUCAGAAGGAAAAGAGUCAACAAUCACAUUUUCUGGAAGAAAAAAACACAUUACAUGAAAAUCAGCCAGCUGUAGUAAAAGUAGAGCCUCCUAUUACACAGUACCAGAUGCACUGUUUAGAACACGUUUCAUCAGCACAGCAAGAACUGUUACAAAAUCAAAUGGUAACUGAACAGAAGGAACUACUUCGCGUUCAUGAUACAUCUGUAUCAGAAUGGACAGAGGAGUCCACCAUUACAACCGAGGAGGAUAUAACUAUGAGCCAAGAAAGCAAUCAGUACGAAACCUCAUCCAGUGAGUUCAGUCAGGAUGUGCUAACUAAACGUAAAGCCAAAGUGGUCCAAUACAGGCAACAAUCUUCCAAAACCAAUACACUUGUGAUUACACACCAGCAGCAUGUGCAAGGGCAGCUACAACAGAAUUUUGGUGUAAGUCAGGAAGAUUCAGCUGUGAAAUUUAUGAAGGCUACACCCGAAGCAACACUAAUGCCAGACAGCACAAAUCAACUGCAGACCCCACAUAUACUCAGUGGAAAUUUUUCCCCAGAAGGCAUAGUACAGAAGGACAAUAAAGAUUUGGAAAAUAUGUCUACAGCAGUUACCUCAGAUACUGGAUCACAUGUAGUGGCAACCUGUGAAACUUCAUUAAAAGAUGUGUAUGCAUCCCAGAAUGUUUUUGAAAGUCAAGAAGAAAGUGUAAGUUCUGAAUAUCAGAACAAAACUUCAAACGAGCUUGGACAGACUCAAAUAUGUCAAGUAAUGCCUGGUGAGACCCAAACACUUUCUCAUCAAGAAAAUAUUGUCCAGCUUGAAAGGGCAAUACCACAGCAGCAUGUGUUAACACAGUCUGAAGCCCUGUCAAAUCAGCUACAACAACUGAUUACACAGAAACCUGACCAUUGUCAAACUAGCCAAGAGAAUGUACUACACCAGCAGGGGAUGCCACAAGAACUGUUGCUGAAUGUACACACUCAGCAGAAUGUUAUCCAGUAUUCUGUUGGUGAUAUGCCUCAACAAUUACAGGUUGAAAAUGUGGCAAUUGGUGGUCCUGGACAUUCUCAUUUACAGCAAGAGGGAUUAGUAAGUCUUCAGAAAGCUGGGCACUCAGAAGCUUUGACCUAUCAACAUCCUGCUGAAGCGAUGCCACCUCUAACACUUGCAAACACAACUGAAUGGAACACUAACUUGGCACAACAGAAAGCCCCUAGUCUGAUUUAUGUACCGAGUCAAAACUUAGAAAUAAUCUCAGGUGAUAAAAUGCCACAGGCUGGUAUACUGAUGACAGCAACUGAAAUACCUAGGCAGAACCUUGCUGGCAAUCAACAAAUUAUGCAACAGGAAACAGGAAUUCCUCAUAAGGAUACAGCAGUGAAAGGUCAGGGUUAUAUGGAGCCUGUAUAUGUUAACACAGGACACCCAGUAAUGCAGCCUCCACAUCCUCAUUUGGAUACAACUUCUGAUCUUGCAUCUGGAGGCCCAGCUGACAUAGCUUCAGAUAAGAGAAUGAAAAAGCCAGUCAAACGUCGCACAAGAGCUGAAAGAGGACCAAAAUUAACGGUAUUAUCAGUGGAAAAUGGAGGAAGUCUGUUAGAGUGUCUUUUGGAAUCCAGCAAACACAGAACUGUAACUUUCAAAUGGAACAAGGAUGCAAUGGCACCUAAUGAAAUAGCAAAUAGAUUGGUGGAGCAAAAUCUGCUGCCAAAGCACCAUUCUGACCUCCUCAUUGAGUUAAUAAAUGAUAUUGUAACAAAACUGAAAGAUGAGUCUUACAAACUACCUCUUGUGGCUGUUUGUUCACCAGAAUCAGCUAGAAAGCCUAGAGAACGCACAAAGUUGAUUGACCCUUUUCCAAGAGUGCGUCAUUCUUCACUAACUCGUCAGAAUUCACGCAGACCCUCUUAUAAAGGCCAUCGACGUCAUCAUUCGGGUCCACUUUCUCCUCAAAUUGGAUUCGCUACUGGAGCAGCUUCUCAAGCACGAGGCGUCGCCUCAAGUGAUGUUAGUCUUCCUGCAAGUGAACAAGAACAACCAGCUGUAUUACAUCCAUUGUCAGUGUUGCACACUGAAGCAACAACUUCAUAUGGGGCACAUGUACCUACAGCAGUACAUGUAGACAGUAGUGGCACAAACAGUAGUGGAGUAAUGUCACCUAGCCAGACUGUUACUCGUGAAGAACUCAUACGACAUCAUCGUCCACGACCUGCAGCAAUUGACCUCCAUGAUUUACAACAGGAGCUGGCAAAAAUACACUCCGGUCCACGUAGGGAUCUAUCUAGUCAAUUUAUUUCUCAAACACCUACGUGUAGUCAGGUAGCUCCUGGUGUACCUUGCCAUCCGAUGACAUCUCAUCCUGCAGGGGUACUACAAGUGCCACAUUCUACUCCUGCACCAGGUGCACAGUCAGCCUCUUAUCCUGUUGUCCGGCCAUCUGUAACACCUGUACCAAAAGUUGAUAGUCUUAACACCACGCCAGAUGAAGUACACACAAGUGACAACAAAGUAUCAGAAGGAAGUGGGUACGAUACUCCUCAGCCUCUUCAUGACAUCGCAGCAGAGCGUCAUAGUACACCAAAGAAAGAUCUACAGAAAAAAACAGAAUUACUGAGUCAGAAAAUUCAAGCACAAGUGCUACAUACAACAGAUGGCAGAAGAGACUCAGCGCCAGCAAUAAGUGCACAGAGAAAGGGACGUUUCAGUGUUGUCACACAUUCAACAGCUCCUUUGGGAUCACAACAAAAAACGACAGAUGUCGCAGCACCUCAGAGAGCAGAAGCUGCAGCAGUUACUGUGUCAGAUGAAUCUACUGGUUCCAUUCCUCCGUUUAUGACAGGAAUUCCCCGUAUGCAGGGUCCAGGAGCCAGCGAACCUCAAAUUCUAAGAGAAGAUGAUAAUAUUGCCCUACAACGAUUGCUUGAAAGGCAACAACGAGAAAUUAAGGCCUUACAGCUACGCCACAUGGCAGAACUAGAGUACUUCAAACGUGUGCGGUGUUCUCGUGUGGAUGAUUACCCACAAGCAAGAGAUCCAAUGGUGUUCUAUCAGCUACACCCAGUGUAUCCCCCAAGGCGAGCUGCUAGAAAUUUGGAUGAUUUCUACUACAGCACAGCUCCACAAUCUCCGGUUGACUCUGAUUAUCAUGAACAUCAACUUUCUUCUCCAGUUAUGAUGAGCCCUCCUAUUUUAGAAUUUCCAAGUCAUCGAAGGCAUGAUUUACAUGCUCAUCAUGGCCCCCUUUAUAAACCUGUUGGUGUAAGAGCAGACACGGCCCAAAGCUCAUCACGUAUUACACCCCAAGGUAGCCCAGUCUCACAUACAAAUCCACUUCUUGUUACUGGCCGUAAUUUCCACCCUGUUAAUUUAUCAGAUGCUGGUGGUGUUUAUUUUGCAAUUGGUGAUCAUGUUAGUGAUAGUACUCAAACUGAAGGUGCUUCAGGGUUUGCACAUGAACAUGGUGAACUGCAACAGUGUUAUGUGGACUCUGGACAUUAUUGGGUUCCUGUGGAUAAUACACAGUCAUCUUCAGGCCAGGCUUUCCCAAUCCAGACAGGAUUGGGAAUAGGGCUUCCAGGAUUUAGGAGAGUGUCUUCUGCUUCUGGAAAUCUUCUUCACUUGGCACAUGGCCCACCUCAGCUAAUUUCUGCAGUAGGUCCUACUGGUUACUAUUUCCAGCCCGCCCCAACACCUUUACUCAGAGCAGGGAUGAGUAUUUCACAAGGAACUCAGCGACGGGGAUCUCUUGAAGAGUCUUUACAAUCUGGAUCACCAACUUUCCUCCAUUCCACACCAUCAAGCUCUGUCAGUUCAAGUCCAAAGUUUUUUCAUACCCAUGUGACUGAAGAUAAGCACGACCCUCACCUAAGGUUUGAUGAUACCUUUUAGUAUACAGAGUAAGCCAUAUUUUCGAUAUUAAUUGGCUAACACAAAUGACUGCUCAUUUACUGAAGUUGACUGAAUUUAGAAAUAAUAUUCAGUGUGAGUUAGUCAUAAAUUCCUAAAGUAAAUUACUUUAUAUUAAAUUUUCAGUAGCUCUACUGCGCAUGGGUAGAGUGUGUACACAUUGCAGAUAAAAGUGAAUAAAAUAAAAUUUGUUAUUCUGUUGAA